AUGAAAGGAUUCGGUAGCCGGAAUACUGCUUCCNCUCAACACCACCAAAUUCUCAUCAAAAUCGAAAUUAUCGAAUACACAAAUUCUGCAAAAGAUCAAAUUCGUUCUCGUUUACCCUAUCAGAUCAUUGGAUAUCUCAACGAUGAAAAUAAAACCGGUCAAUGUCUGAAAAUUCCUUCGAUCACUUUUUUAAAUGUUGAAAGUGAUUUAAUUUACACAUUAUUUAACGAAUCCAUUCAAAUCGACUUGAUUUCUCAAAGUCAAUGUGACAUCGAAAUGAAUGAAUGUUCAAUGGUCAGUGCGUUUCAUUGGAAAGUGAAAUCAAUUGUUGAAACAACGAUCGAAGAUCAAAUUCAAAUACAAUUCGAAUGGACACCACGACUUGUGGAACAAUGUGGAUUUCACACUCAUUGUAUUCGUUGUUUUGAUCAAUUGGAUAAUUUCAAUGAGAAAUGUCUUCAAAUCUUUGUUAACGGAUUUGAUUGUCAACGUCGAACGAAUUCAAAUCAAAGUUGUUCGUGGUCUCCAUUCUCAACUUGGAACCGAGUCAAUGAAACAAUCUACAGAAGAAAUCGAACUUGUCGAGAAACAUUUCAUUCGGAGAAGACUUGUUCGUUUUGUUUUGGUUCGAGUGUUCAAUAUCAAUCAAGUUUAACUUUUCUCAAAGGUUUGGUGAUGAUUGGAAUUUGA